GUGAUUGGCAGCGACGAAUCCGGCAGUGGAUGCAUUGCCGGUCCCGUUGUGACCGCCAGUUGUUGCGUGCGGGACAACGCCGCCGAUGGUCUCUGGAUUGAUGGAGUGGACGACAGCAAAUCGCUCUCCACAAAGGAUCGGGAACGAAUUUAUGAAGCAAUCGUCCAGAAUCCGUCCCGGUACCUUUGGAGUAUCCAGGAAAGAUCAGCUGCCGAGAUUGACGAACAAUCUGCGACAAACGCCACCCUCAACUGCUUUCAAGAUUCCAUCGAGGACGUGGUGUCCCAACUCCGUGCGGAAUAUCCCCACUGCCAGCCAUACAGUAUCGUGGAUGGACAUCGGUCGCCCAAAGUGGACGGGUGUACCUCGCGACCGUGGAAACAAGGAGAUGCUUACGUGUACACGGUGGCCUUGGCUUCCAUCCUGGCCCGCGUCACACGAGAUCGCCACAUGGCCUUGGCCGCCGUCAAGUACCCGUUGUACGACUUUGAUCGGAACGGAGGCUACCCGUCCAGAGCCCAUACGGAGAUACUGCACCAGCACGGCUAUUCCCCCAUCCACCGACAGUCUUGCAAACCCGUG